AUGCUGGGUUCUAAUUCUGUUGAAGUGAAUCUUUAUAUUGGGAAUGGGUUAGUUUCUAUGUGUGGAAAAUGUAAGUGUUUGGAGGCGACAAGGCAAGUUCUCGAUGAGAUGCCAAGGACGGAUAUGGUUUCUUGGAAUUCAGUGGUUGCUGGGCAUGCUCAAAAUGGGAGUUUUAAUGAUGCAUUGAAGCUUUGUAGAGAAAUAGAGGGUGUGAAGCUAAAAACUGAUGCUGGUACAAUGGGAAAUCUCUUGCCUGCUGUGACGAACACAUCUUGUGAUAAUGUUUUGUAUGUUAUGGAGACGCUUAUGAAGCUGAAAGAAAAGAGUUUGAUUUCUUGGAAUGUGAUGAUAGCAGUGUAUGUGAAAAAUGCAUUGCCUAAUGAAGCAGUGGACUUGUAUUUCCAGAUAGAAGGGCAUGGGGUUGAACCUGAUGCUGUCUCUAUUUCUAGUGUGCAUCCUGCUUGUGGGGACCUUUCAGCUAUGAUGAGGAACUCAGGUUUAAUUCCAGAUUGGAUUGCUUUUGUUUCUGUUUUAGCAGCCUGCAGUCAUGCUGGAUUAGUUGACGAGGAUCUAUUGGGAUGUUCUGGGAAAAUAGACGAGGCCUAUCACAUGAUCAGACAGAUGGCAAUGGAGCCUAAUGAAAGAUUAGCUCCUGAACAGUCAGGGUAUUAUAUGUUGCUCUCUACCUUAUAUGCAAAGGCUGGAAGAUGGCAAGAUGAUGAAACUGUUAGAUCAAUCAUGAACAGCAAGGGGGUCAAAAAAAUUCCCGACAUUAGCAAUGAUGAGAUCAAUGAUCAUGUUCAUACUUUUCUUGCUGAUGACAGGUCUCAUCCUCAGUCAAAUGAGAUCUACAAAGAGUUAGAUAUAUUAAUUGGAAGAAUGAAAGAACUGGGACAUGCCUGA